CCAGAUCGACCUGCGAAUCGUCGUUGCCGUUUCUUCUUGGUGAACCCAGCAAAAAGCACAAGUCAUCAUGGCGCGUUGGUUUCGUUCCGAACCGAUGGAGUACAUCUCCCUCAUUGUGAACGAGGAUGCCGCUCACGACUGUUUAGCGGACCUCGGAAAGCUUGGGGUGAUCCAGUUCACGGACUUGAACCCUGACUUGACUCCAUUCCAGCGUCGCUACGUUUCUUACGUUAAGCGAUGUGAUGAGUUGGAACGCAAGCUUCGUUAUUUCUCCAACGAGAUUGAAAAGUUCGAGAUUGACCUUGUUUCGGCUGGAACAGUCGACAACUUUGUCAUGUCUCCCACGCUUGUGUCCAGUAUGGGUAAUGGCUCAAAAAAGAGCGGUGCUCAAUUGCUCGAGAGUCUCGAAGUUGAACUUGAACAAUACGAGUCGCAGCUCAGGGAACUCAAUUCUUACUCCGAAAAGCUUACCACCGAGUACAAUGAAAAGGUCGAGCUCCAGGAAGUCCUCGAGAAGGCCCAUGGGCUCCUUGACUCGGACGCUGCCCCUCGUCCCGACUUGGACAUGCGAUUCUCUUCGAUUACCGGGGUCGUAUCCACAGAAGAGAAGGUCCGCUUUGAACGCAUGAUCUUUCGUGCCACUCGAGGAAACUGCUACAUUCGAUUCGCUCCUAUUCAGCAGCCCAUUACCGAUCCGGAAUCUGGAAACUUGGUCGAAAAGUCCGUCUUUAUUAUCUUUUACAAGUCUGAGUCCAUUGAAGGCAAGCUCAAGCGCAUUUGUGACGCAUUCUCUGCUCACCGAUACUCUCUCCCUGAUAUGGACGAUGCCGGAUCAGUUGACAAGAUGCUGACGGAGAACGCACAGGAACUCGUCGACUCUCGCACUGUUUUGCUCAAGAACCAGGAUACGCGCUUCCGUCUCUGUCAGCUGCUUGCGAAGCACACGGAGCGCUGGACGUGGAUCGUCCUCCGCGAAAAGGCUGUUUAUCACUCUCUGAAUAUGUUCAAGGCUGAUGUUCAGGGUAUGCUUCGUGGUGAAGGUUGGGUCAUUGCUGAGUCCACCGACGCUGUCCGUCAAGCAGUUGAACGUGCUCACUCCAAUAUGGACAUGGCCAUGCCUUCCUUGGUGGACUUGGUUCCCCAACCAUGGCCUACUCCUCCCACGCACUUUAUCACCAACAAGUUUACCUACGGAUACCAGGAAUUCGUCAACACGUACGGUAUUCCACGUUACCGGGAAGCCAACCCUGCGCUUUUCACAGCCGCCACAUUCCCCUUCCUGUUCGGUGUCAUGUACGGAGACAUUGGUCAUGGUCUCUUCUUAUUCUGCGCUGGUUGCUACUUACUUUGGAAUGAGAAGGCUAACGAGAAUGCAAAACUUGGUGAGCUAGGCGACGGUAUGCACUCUGGUCGAUACAUGAUUGUCAUGAUGGGCUUCUUUGCCGUGUACGCUGGUUUCAUGUACAACGACGCAUUUUCCCUCGGUCUCAACCUUUUUGGAACUCGCUACAAGUUCGAGGGCCAGGAUUCUGGUACCGUCGAAGAAGGUGAUGUUGCCUAUCAAACGUUCAGUUAUGGUUCCGGUGAAUCCGUGUAUCCGUUCGGACUCGAUCCCAUUUGGCACGUUACCUCCAACGAAUUGCUCUUCUUCAACUCGUUCAAGAUGAAACUUUCCGUCAUUUUUGGUAUCAUCCAGAUGUUUUGUGGUACUUGCCUCAAGGGAGCGAAUGCCGUCUACUUUGGCGAAAGACUCGACUUUUUGUUUGAGUUCCUUCCCAUGGUUGCGUUUGCGUCUUCGAUGUUUGUUUACAUGGUUAUCCUCAUUGUUCUGAAGUGGUGCAUCAACUGGAAUAGCCGGAUGCUUUCCGCCACUUGCGUUGAUCCUAAUGGCGCUGGAUGGGGAGCGUCCAAUUACCCUCCCAAUCUUAUCACAACUUUGAUCAAUAUCGCCCUCAACCCGGGUGUUGUUGAUGAACCUUUGUACGCUGGACAGGGACCAAUCCAGAACAUUUUACUUUUGAUCGCCUUCGUCUCGGUUCCUAUUUUACUUUUGGCCAAGCCUUACUAUCUAUCCCAGAAGACGCAUUCCCCCGUUGUGCACCACUCGGACGAUCUCGAGAAUGGGCAUGACGAGGAUGACCACGAGGAUGAUGACCAUGGUUUCGGAGAGAUUGUUAUCCACCAGGCCAUUGAAACGAUCGAGUUCGUUCUCGGUAUGGUUUCGAAUACGGCGUCGUACCUUCGUCUCUGGGCUCUUUCCUUGGCGCACUCCGAACUUGCUACUGUCUUUUGGGAGAAGGCCAUGCUUUCUACCUUGAACAUGAACUGGUUCGCCGCCUUUUUUGGAUUCGGUAUCUUUGCCGGCGUGACAUUCGGAGUGUUGCUCAUGAUGGAUGUAUUGGAAUGUUUCUUGCACGCCCUUCGUCUUCACUGGGUCGAAUUUCAGAACAAGUUUUUUGCCGCUGAUGGCGUACGCUUUUCGCCGUACUCGUUUAAGCAGGUGAUUAAGGAUACCAGUGCCUAGAGAGAAACUAAUUGGAUAAGUAUAGGGACGAAUUAAGCAUAUAACCAAUGUACUCGUCAAAAGC